AUGUCAAGCAAAGUACCGCGCAUUCUGCUCUACGUACUCCGUCGCGAUGUCCGUCUCUCCGACAAUCCAAUCUUCCAUACCGCUGCCCUCCAGACGGCCCGCCAGACCUCAUGGAGAAACUCUGCAAACUCUGACCGGCGGCAUCGCGAUGACUCGUUGACUUCGGAACAUGGCGGUGCAAGCUUCACCCACCUCUUACCCGUAUACGUCUGGUCAGCCAACCAGAUCGAAGUCUCCGGCUUUCUCCCCGCAUCCACACCCAGCCCAUAUCCAGAGGCGCGCAGCGCCGUCGCAAAAGUAUGGCGGACGGGGCCCCAUCGCGUGCAGUUCAUCGCAGACGGAGUUUGGGAUCUCAAAAACAAGCUAGCGGACCUGGAUUGCGGAUCCGGUCUGGAGCAGAGAGUGGGGAAAAUAACUGAGGUCGUGUCCGACAUACUCGACUGGUACGCAAAGGAUGAGAAUGAGGGUGAGAUCAGUGGGGUGUGGAUGACCGAGGAUGACGCUACAGAAGAAAAGCGGGAGGAAGCCGAAUUGGCAAAAAUUACAAAGCAACAUGGCGUCGACUUUAAAGUAUGGAAGGACGAAAAGUUUUACAUAGACGAUCGCGACCUACCUUAUGACAACAUCGCCGACCUACCCAAUGUAUAUACCACAUUUCGAAAAGUUUUCGAGCCGCUGCGCGAUCGACCCCGAGAGACUUUACCCACGCCAAGCCUACUCCCACCGCUACCGCCGAGCAUACCACCACAAAAGGAGCCUUUCUCGAUACCGUCGAGUUUGGCGGAUUUGAAGAAGGCACUCCUCUCUCCUCUGGAGAAGGACCCAGCGUAUACGCUCAAAAUGCCGCCGAAAUGGCCCACUGACGCCCAGUCGGCACAUCCGUUUUCAGGGGGAGAAAGCGCUGGCCUGCAGCGCAUCGCACAUUUGGUCGCCUCAGGUGCGAUGAGCUCAUAUAAGCAAACACGAAACGGCAUGCUGGGUCUCGAUUUCAGCACAAAGCUGUCCGCAUACCUAGCCCAAGGCCACAUUACAGCAAGGCAGGUCCAUUGGGCUAUGCUUGACUUUGAGGAAGGCCGCGGGCCAGGAGAAAAAAAGCAUGCUUAUGGGCAGGGUGAGAACGAAGGCACGGCAGCCGUCCGGUUUGAGUUGUUGUGGAGGGACUACAUGCGGCUGUGCAUGAGGAAGUUUGGACAUAAGAUGUUUGGACUUUACGGCAUUCAGGAUCGUGGUGCCAAAGGCUCGCAGCACAAGAAGUGGAAGAAGCUAUACAAGGGGGAAGAUGGAGAGGACCCGCAGAAAACUAUGGAAGUUUUUGAACGGUUCCGGUCAGGGCGGACCGGAGUUGGCCUGAUCGAUGCGUCGAAUCGUGAACUUUUCGUUACCGGUUACACAUCGAACCGCGCUAGGCAAAACGUCGCUUCCUUCCUCUCGUCACAUCUCAACAUCGACUGGCGUGUUGGCGCUGAGUGGUACGAAUGCUUUCUUGUUGACUACGAUGCGGCUAGCAACUGGGGCAACUGGCAAUACGUAGCCGGUGUCGGAAACGAUCCACGCCAAGGACGUGUCUUCAACCCCGUCAAGCAAGCCCUCGACUACGAUAAACGCGGCGAGUACAUCAAGGCAUGGGUGCCAGAGUUGAGGGAUAUCAAGUUGACGCGCACGGUCGGACCCGGGAGAGAAGAAGUGGACCAACAACGGUUGAUGGGCCUAUACCAAGCUUGGAAGCUGAGCGAUUGGGAGAAGAGCAACUUGGGUCUCAAGGGUCUGGAUUGGGUCGAAGAGCCACUCACACGGAUACAAUUUCAAGUAGGCCGUGGACGCGGCGGUCACGAUGGGAGACCGAAGCGUGGAGGAGGAGGAGGAGGAGGAGGCGGAGGUGGUGGUGGUGGAUAUUCAUGGCGAGGAAGAGGUGGUCGUGGUCAUCAAGGAUCCGACCGGAAUCAAAGGCGGAAAGGCGAAGAAGAGAAAUGGCCAAAGGGGGAGCCUGGUGAUGGCCCCACGAUUGUAAGUAGUAGCGAGAGGACAUAA